AUGUCCGCAAAGUCAGUCCGAGAAGGCGGCCCAGCCCUCAAAGGCCCCUUCGACUUCCCCUCCUCGCCUCUCAGCCGCGCAUCCCGCCAGCCCCUCCUCCUCGGCCUCUUCCUCAACCUCCAAGACAUCAAAAUCUCCACAUACCCCACGAGCAACACCUGGACGUUCGACUACAACCUCGACCUCGUCCGCAAAGCCGAGGCCCUCGGCUUCGAGCUCGCCUUCAGCCGCACCCAGUGGCUCCCCAAGGGCGGCUACGACGGCGAGGCCUCCCUCGACGCCUUCGUCGCCCUCGGCGCCAUGGCCGCCGCGACACAAUCCAUCCUGCUCAUCUCGACCAUGCACGUCCUCUACGGGCCCCUCCACCCGCUGCACAUCGCAAAGUACGGCGCCACGCUCGACCACAUCGCCAAGGGCCGGUGGGGGAUCAACGUGGUGACGGGCCACCGGGCCGUCGAGCACGAGAUGUUCGGGCGGCAGCGUAUCGAGCACGACAAGAGGUACGAGAUGGCCGGCGAGCUGUUCGACGUCGUCAACAGCCUCUGGGGCGAGACGGAGAACCUGUCGUACGAGGGGACGGUCUCGCCCUGGAGGCUCGAGAACGCGUGGGUCACGCCGAAGCCGCGGUUCGGCAGGCCGAUCCUGAUCAACGCGACGGGGUCCCCGGCGGGCAUCGACUUCGCGGCGCGGUAUUCCGAUUUCAUCUUCGUCACGUCUCCCGGGACGGCGAAUAUCGAAAGCGCGCUGGAGACGUUGCCCGCUCACAUCGCUACCAUCAGGGCGGCCGUCGAGGCCGAGGGCCGCGAGGUCAAGAUCCUGAUCAACCCCAUCAUCGUCUCGCGAGACUCGCCAGAGGAAUCGUGGGCGUACGCCCGGAGCAUCGCCGAGGGCACCAAAGUGCAGACGGGGACGAAGAAGUUCGGGACGGCAAAUGGGAAUUAUGAUAGUGAUGCCCACGCGUGGAGGGGGCGAAAGGGGCAGCAGGAGAAGCAGGGGCUCAAUCUCGGCGGGAAUAUCGAGAUCAUUGGGUCGCCUGAACAGGUUGUCGAGCAGUUGGAUGCGUUGCACAAAAUUGGCAUUGAUGGUGUCGUUGCGAAUUUCUACGAUUUCGCACCGGACUUGGAGUACUUUGGGCGGAAGAUUUUGCCGUUGAUCAAGGAGGCCGGUCUCCGCGUCGAGUGA